CGGGCCGCCCAAAAGACGCUAGCUGUCGCACCUGUACCUCUCCGCGCGAGUUCCAGAUAGAGGAUUAAUCUCCUGAAAAACAGCCCAGAAUGGCCACAUCCCUGGAACCUGAGGAACAAAAAGGACUUUUAAUAGUUAAGGCAGACCAUUAUGGGGGACAGGACUCCAUCUCACAAAAGUACAGUCCUCACAGAAGGGAACUCUUCAGGCAGCACUUCAGGAAGCUCUGCUAUCAGGAUGCACCUGGACCCCGUGAAGCUCUUACCCAGCUCUGGGAGCUUUGCCACCAGUGGCUGAGGCCAGAAUGCCACACAAAGGAGCAGAUUUUAGACCUGCUGGUGCUUGAACAGUUCCUGAGCAUUCUCCCUAGGGACCUGCAAGCAUGGGUGCAGGCACACCAUCCAGAGACUGGAGAGGAGGCGGUGACUGUGCUGGAGGAUCUGGAGAGAGAGCUUGAUGAACCUCGAAAGCAGGUCCCAGCCAAUUCAGAAAGACAGGACACACUUUUGGACAAGUUGGCCCCCUUGAGAAGGCCACAUGAGUCACUGACUAUCCAGCUCCAUCCCAAGAAGACCCAGCAGGAGCAGGAAUCUGGGGAGCCCCAAAGGAAUGGUGAUAAAACCAAGACUAAGAAUGAAGAGUUGUCCCAGAAGGAAGAUAUACCCAAAGACAUGGACUUCCUUGGGAAAAUAAACAACAGACUUACCAAAGCUAUUCCUCAGUAUCCUGUAUCCAAAGAUGCUAUUGAAAGUGAAGGCAGAUUCGAAUGGCAACAGAGGGAAAGAAGACGCUAUAAAUGUGAUGACUGUGGAAAAAGUUUCAGUCAUAGCUCAGACCUUAGUAAACACAGGAGAACUCACACUGGAGAGAAGCCCUAUAAAUGUGACGAAUGUGGAAAAGCCUUCAUUCAACACUCACAUCUCAUUGGACAUCAUAGAGUACACACUGGAGUGAAACCCUAUAAAUGUAAAGAAUGUGGGAAAGAUUUCAGUGGGCGCACAGGUCUCAUUCAGCAUCAGAGAAUCCACACAGGUGAAAAACCCUAUGAAUGUGAUGAGUGUGGGAGGCCCUUCCGUGUAAGUUCAGCCCUUAUUAGACAUCAAAGAAUUCAUACAGCAAAUAAGCUCUACUAAUAUGGUGUAAGUAACAAAAGUUAGACACUCAGGCCUAAUUAAUUAUCAGAGAAAUCUGCCU